AUGACCCUCGUUCCUAAUGACGAUGUAGUACGGUGCAGAGACGCUAUCCAGCUAGGCUACGUCUCCCGCACGUCCCCAGCUUCCAGCUUUACGUUUCCCGUGCGCCGUCGGAGCGGCAAAGCGGUCAAGAUAAAUCCGCAAACAAUGCGCCACCGGGUCCUACCAGUAUUGGCGCCGGUUUUCCUCUCCAAGCUGUGGAGGAGGAGGCGUCGGGCGAGAGCCAUACAGAGGCUGCACGGGAGCGCGUCGGAGUCAUCGGCGGGGGCGGGGGGCGGUGGCACGGCCGGCGGCAGCGCGAGGGUCUCAUCUCGAUCCAGGACUUCCGAGGAGCCACACAUUGGCAAGUACAAACUCCUGAAGACGAUCGGCAAGGGCAACUUCGCGAAGGUCAAGCUCGCCAAACAUGUCCCGACCGGCAAGGAGGUCGCCAUCAAGAUCAUCGACAAGACUCAACUCAACCCCGGCUCGUUACAAAAGCUGUUCAGAGAAGUACGGAUAAUGAAAAUGCUCGAUCACCCGAAUAUUGUGAAACUGUUCCAAGUGAUUGAGACUGAGAAGACGUUGUACCUCGUUAUGGAGUACGCAUCUGGCGGAGAGGUGUUCGACUAUCUGGUCCUUCACGGCCGGAUGAAGGAGAAGGAAGCGCGGGCUAAGUUCCGCCAGAUCGUCUCGGCGGUGCAGUACUGCCACCAAAAGAGGAUCAUCCACAGAGAUCUCAAGGCGGAGAAUCUCCUGCUAGACGGCGAGAUGAACAUCAAAAUUGCGGACUUCGGUUUCUCGAACGAGUUCACGCCGGGUUCGAAGCUGGACACCUUUUGUGGGAGUCCCCCUUACGCGGCGCCCGAGCUGUUCCAAGGAAAGAAAUACGACGGUCCCGAAGUGGAUGUCUGGUCGCUGGGUGUGAUCCUGUACACCCUCGUAUCGGGAUCCCUUCCCUUCGACGGCUCGACCUUGAGGGAGCUGAGAGAGAGGGUGCUACGCGGCAAAUAUAGGAUACCGUUCUACAUGUCGACGGACUGCGAGAAUCUGCUCAAGAAGUUCCUGGUCCUGAACCCGGCGAAGCGGGCGUCGCUCGAGAACAUAAUGCGCGACAAGUGGAUGAACACCGGCUACGAGGAGGACGAGCUGAGGCCCUACGUGGAGCCCCAGCAGGACUUCAAGGACCACAAGCGGAUAGAGGCGUUAGUGUGCUUGGGCUACAACAGGCAAGAGAUCGAGUAUUCGCUCGCCGAGGCGAAAUACGACGACGUGUUCGCCACUUAUCUGCUACUAGGGCGGAAGAGCACCGAUCCCGAAUCGGACGGCAGCCGCUCGGGCUCGUCGCUUUCGCUGCGAAACUCGGCCGCCCCGCAGCAGCAGCAACAGGCGACUAACGCGCACGCAGGCGGUUGCGGUUCGCCGUCGCACCGGGGCGUGCAGCGCAGCAUCUCGGCCUCCGCGCGCCCGGCCGCCUCUCGCCGCGCCUCCUCAGGCGCCGAGGUGCUGCGCGCCCAAGUGGGCACGACGACCAGCGCAGCGAACAACACCACAUCGACCGCGACAACCACAACUUCAAACUUCAAAAGACAGAAUACAAUCGAUUCGGCUUCCAUCAAGGAGAAUACGGCGCGGAUCGCUCAAAUGCAGGUGCAGAACACCACGCGGCCGAGCAGCGCCCAACCGAAGCUCGAACCCAGGUCCCGCACGCUGACCAGCGGGCAGCGGCGCACCGCGCUAGAGGCGGCGCCCGCCCACGGAACCCACGCCACCCACGGGGCCCACGCGGCCCACGCGGCCCACCCCACGCCCGUCAAACUCUCGCCACCCAACGACACGCCCAGGUAUGUUUGUGCGUAUGUGUCAUGCAAUUUCGAUUCCGCCGCCGCCGCCGACAGCGCUACGCAGGCGGAGGCCAAGAACGGCGCGGGGGCGGCGAACGGGAGCGGCGGGGGGGCGGCCGCGGCGGGAGGGGGGUCGACAGGGGGGGCGUCGGGGGCGAAGACCCACGUGAAGAGCGCCUCUAUCUCGUCGGGCAGCGGGGCGCCCCCUCUCGGCGCCGACCCGGCGGCGCACAACGCCUCCGCCCGCGACUUGGCCCCGCCCCGCCCCAGGUACAUGGGGGGCGCUUGUCCGCGCGACGCUUUCGUUUGCACCGAACACGCACGCCUCCGUCGGACGACGUCAGCGAUGGUUCCCGAACGCCGAAGGGGCGAGUUUAUCGCUUUCGCGCUCCGCUUGGCCGCGACCCGUCGAGGCUUUGUUUUGCACCGACGACGCGCCGCGUUCCGCCUUAUGCUGGUUGAUAUAGUGGAGGGGGGGGGGGGGGGGUUGAUGAGUGGAAACCGAGGGAAGAUUCUCGACUCGCGCCAGUGCUAUCAGGAGCUUGUAGGAGUGAAACUUUGCUUGCACCGCGUCGAUCUUAUGACUUGGGACACAGACCUCAACUCGAGCCUGUCCACCGGCGGGGGCGCGGGCGGCGCGGCGGGGGCGGCGGCCGCCAGGCGCGAGUUCCCCAACCCGCUCGUGUUCCCCAGGAACGUGCCCUCGCGCUCGACCUUCCACUCUGGCCAAACGCGGUCGCGUGGUGCUAGUGCGGGCGGCGCCUACGGGGACGGGGGCUCCCCCCAUCAAGCGCGCCCCUCCUUCUUCUCCAAACUCUCGUCGCGCUUCUCCAAACGGCCAUUGGAGGGUACAACCCCGAAGCAUGCAGUAGGCGCUAGUCCACAAGCCCUGCUUGGGCAGGGCAACGAGGAACAGGUCAAGCCACGCGUGCUCCGCUUCACGUGGAGCAUGAAGACCACCUCGUCGCGGGACCCCAACGAGAUCAUGGCCGAGAUACGAAAGGUGCUGGACGCGAACAACUGCGACUACGAGCAGCGGGAGAGGUUCCUGUUGCUUUGCGUGCACGGCGACCCGAAUGCGGACUCCCUGGUGCAGUGGGAAAUCGAAGUGUGCAAGCUGCCCCGGUUGUCGCUCAACGGAGUCAGAUUCAAGCGGAUAUCCGGCACCAGCAUCGGCUUCAAGAACAUUGCGUCGAAGAUCGCGAACGAGCUCAACCUG